AAAAAUUGCAUAACAGCUCAUGAUCUAAUGCAAAAUUUGAUCAAAUUUUGUAUGCAGUUGAUCAACAGCAGGAAGUUGGAACAGUUGUCGAUUAGCUAGCAUCAAAAAUAAACAUUGACAAAUCAAAAUAGCCUAUAAUAAAAAACGAAACUACAUGAAAGAGAAGGAAUAAGUUGUAGACACAAAAUGUUAAAACACAGUUCCAAACCAAUAUCCAGAACAGGUCGACGACGAUCGUCUUUGGAUACAACCUUAUUUCAUUUUGACGGCAUCCAAGUACCUAGCGUUUACAUGACUGCUUUUAAACGCAUUCACAUGAAGCAAAUCUUACAAUUAAAAGGGGAGUUUCAUAAAAUCGUCCUAUCUGCUGUGUCUGGCUUGCCUAUAUCAAACUUUACCCCAUAUACAUUUUGCACAAAGAGUGCUUGGACAUUGGAGCAGUUCAAUAAUUCGUCCCUAGGCAAGACCAUCAUACGAAAAUGCUCAGGUCCGAUCAAGAAAAUACAACUGGGUAUAUUCGAGAUUCAUACAAAAGUUUUAUGGACAGAUAAAUAUAAGUCUGUAUCAGAUAUGUCAGGAAUAGAAGACGACGUACCAGAAAAGAUUUUAUGCUUUCUAAAAAGGUCUCACACAUCUGUGAGUUUGGAUUACGUCGCUCAGCAAGCUAAUAAUUUGAUUGAAAAGAUGAAAGUCAUUUCAAGAGGUGAACUGCAAGGAUUUUGCGUUUAUAAGAACUUGUUUACGCGACACCGCGAAGCUCCCUUUCAAGACUUUGUUAUUGAGUAUUAUGUCAAGAUGAACACAGGUAAGAGAUUUUUGACGGAUAUCGAAGAGUUUUGUAGCGAAGCUACGGAUAUCGAACUUACUUGUGGAGUGUUCCAGCACCAUGAUGUUGUUGCAGCUAUAUAAAAAAAGAAAAUGGUCAUAAAAAUAUUUUACGUAUUAUAAUAUUUGAGGAAACACUACAAGAAAAUAAAAGUUUUUUCUUAAAUUUUUGCCUGUCUUUAAAAAUGCUUAUUUUUCCUUCGACUAAAUUCAACCAUGAGUUAAAGAACAACAAGUUGUUAUAUUAAAGAUGUAUUAUGCUUAGUUGACAUGAUAGCAUCAAAUGUACUUUCUUUUCCAAUAAAAGGCGACAAUAUAAACUUUUUAAGACUGAUGGAGGAAAUUUUCCUAGUAGAAAUAGGGCUAAAAAAUAGUUAAAGGUUGAUAGAUACCAAUACUAUUUGAUGUUAAUAAUGACAAGUUAAGUAGUUCAAAUUCACCAUAUUAUCUGAUGUUAAUAGUGUAUAGCAAUAGCAUUCUACAUUGCGAAUAAAACAUGCAGAAUACUUGUAAUUUAUCUAGUUAUUUUUGUACAUACUUUUUCUUCUUAAAAAAAGUAUUUCUUUUCGUAA